CAUUGACAUUCUCAGUACUUAACACGCUAUUGCAAUCAACAGUCUAAGUUGACAGUAUUCGGUUUAUAGGCGACGUUAAAAAUUUAUAAAAAAAAAUCCAACAUGCAGUCAUCUAUGUUGCUCGUUUCGCUAUUGCUGAUCUCCACUUUGCUACUGGUCAGCGUUCCGUCUGCAGAAUCGACGCUAAUUUUAUUGCUUUGUGCCCUACGUUCACCGUUAUGUCCAUUCAUCACAACCACAACCACAACUGCUGCUACUGCAUCGACUACCUAAAUGUGGACAACGAUACUAAACAGACAAGGUUUUAAAGAAGUACUCCUUUGUCUAUUAAUGGAUUUGGAUAAAUAAAAAAAAAAAAAAAGUUAAUGCAAAUUA